AUGUCUAAUCAACAAAAUGGUAGCUUGCCUGAUUUUAUACUACCUGAUUCUUUGUACACUGAAACCAUCAGAGAAGUUCAUUCAGCUGUCGAACAUGAUUGGGAUUCCUUGAGACAAUCAGCAUGUCAAACUGCAGCAGGAAGGGCGCUAUGGAAACAUGUGAUCCAUGAUCCACUAGCAGAGUUACUUGCAGGGGAGACGUACCUGAAAAAAUUGUAUGAGAAGAUUAAGAAAGAUAUCCUCAACAAUGCUAAAGAGAUUUCUGGUGUUAUCAUUGCAGUUAGGACACUAUGGUUUGAUAAGGGAAUUGAAGCAGCUCUUACUUCUUUUGAUGGCGGAGGAGCACAAGUUGUCAUUCUUGGAGCAGGUAUGGAUACAAGGGCAUAUCGUUUGAGUUGCUUGAAGGACAGCAACAUGUUUGAGGUUGAUUUUCCAGAGGUCUUGCAGAUGAAAACCACUAUUGUAGAAGCAGCAACAGAAACAACAGAUGAACAAAAGCACCAACUGAUGAUGGCAAAAUCAUUGAACAGAGUGGCAGCGGACUUGAGAGAAAAGGACUGGCUUGAAAAGCUUCAAGAAUCAGGCUUAAAUCUAAAUACGAAUACAGUGUGGGUAUUAGAGGGAAUUCUCUACUAUCUCUCUCACUCAAAUGCAAUGGAAGUACUGAAGAUUAUAGCAAAUAACUGUACCUCUGCUCAUACAGUACUCUUAGCAGACUUCAUGAACAAGCAAUCAACCACAAUGUCCAGCUCAAAUUUCCAUUUCUAUAGCGACUAUCCUGAUGAGUUAUUGCCAUCACUAGGAUUUUCUGAUGUUAAACUUUCUCAAAUUGGUGACCCAGAUGCACAUUUCGGGUUAUUGCAUGACCCACUAAAUUUGUUCAACAAGUUGCGCAACUUGCCCAGGUCACUUCAAACUCACCCAGAUGAUGGAACACCAUGUUGUAGGUUGUAUUUGCUUCAGGCUUCUGGAGAACCACCAAACAAGACUAUUUUGUGAAUAUUAUAAGAAUGGUUCACCAAUAAAGUCUAACUUGCUGUUAGAGCUUAGAAGCA